AUGAUUUUCAGAAAAGUAAGAUUAUUCCUGAUCAUUUACAUUUGCGUGAUGACAAUGGUAAGCUUGAUGCUGCUUAAUUAUGACACUAAAGAUACAACCGAUCGAAUGCUACUGAUCCGUGAUGCGAUGGUGUCAUCCUACUCCAACGAUUUAAGACUUUGGACCGAUGAGAUUAUAAUGACCAAAGCUUGGGUCUUCAUGACAGACGAUGAUGAUGCUGAGGGAGUUCCACAUUCAUCAUUCGAAGCCUGGCGCUGUGAUGAUAAUGUCUUCAUGGAAUUGUGCAAUUUUGGCGGGAAACUUCUGGUACUCUGGGCCAGGUCUGGAUCCCUCGAGCAUCUUUCAAUCGCCGAGGACAUAAUCCGACGAUCGUUGACAGCCAUGAACAAGUUCGAGUACCUGCUCCUUUAUCCUUGGGGAGAAAACUGGUACGCGUUCAGCGUCAGCCUGCCCAAGCUGCUGUCAAUGUACAUCUACCUCGGAGACAACGAAGAGCUGAAGCGCAAGUGCUGUAGAUUGAUGAUGAGGAUGGUUACCAAGUUAGACAGGUCGCUCAGCAUCACUCGGACUGGAAUGAACGUUGCGUACCUCGGAAUCCCGCGUCUCUGCGCGACGUACUACUUCGACAGAAAAAUCUUCGAGCAAGAAACCCAAUGGAACGAGAAUCCAUUCAUCAAACUUAAGGAGCAGUUCCACAUCAACUUCAACAGAAGCCCCGCGAUUUUCGACGGAGUUUACGCAGAUGGCACCUGCAUUGAGCACAAGAACGUCGUGACCUUUUCCUACUUCGCGACAUUGGACGGGUUUUACGAGUAUGUGUACCACGCGCUAGGUUUCCCUUCGAACGUCAGAGACAUAGCAUGCCAAAUGCUGAGCAAGGUCCUUCAUCCCGACAUCCCUUGGCUCCCCUUUGGGCUCUUUGGUCGGACUGGUAACAGGCGGCGCAUCAAACAAUGGUGGAACAUCACCGGGUCCAAGGAAGGAAUUGAGCUGAUGCCUUUCGCAGGAGUCGCCGUGUUCAAGACUCCAGAGUCCAUGAUCACCGUUAGGGUCCAACAACCUGGGUUCGCUGCUUAUGAGACGGACAAGACGGCAAAGGGUGAGUUUGCUCUAGGGUGGAUCCAGUUGCGCAGGAUUUACAUCAAGGGCGUUGACUACCCAGACCCACUGGAAUGGAAGGUCCUUAAGGAUGAACCAGGGCUGAUAGUUCCAGCUGAUGGUCAGUUCCUUCCGUUAGUUGGAGGGAAGAAUUCAACGACUGUGAUUUACGAAUGUGAACCUAACUCUAUUAAUUCCUUCGUUGGAAGACUCGAAUCAGAGCUGCUCUUCUGGAAGAACGAGUACAACUUCAGGCACGCGUACGACGGCGAUUGUUUUGUCAAAGAAGCUGCUGUUGUCACUUCUCAUGGCCUCGAGGCCUAUUAUGAGAUAGAAAAUAAGUCUGGGAAGAAUUUGAAGUUCAUCUGGAAGGAUAAUAAUUAUAAACUGGCUGUCAAUGAUGUUUCCGUUGAUUAUGAAGGGAAUUCCGUGUCCAUACCUACUGGUGAGACCAAGAAAUUCAAUUGGCGCAUGCUUAUCAGCACGGGCAUUGAUAGCAAGGUUAGGAUUGACCAAGGAAACUUGACCUUUGAGAGCAAUGGUGUUUACACGGUAAAGGUAUUGAAGAAAAAUGAGAAAUUCGUAGUUCUAAAAGGAGACAAGCCGGUUCUUGUUGGUACUAACAGCAGUGUACCUGAUGAUUAUGUUCUGUAUGAAAAGAAAAAAUAUCGACGGGAUCCUAAGAAUUUUAUGUAUCGGUUAGAGUAG